UAAUUCGCGCGUGAAUUGUCCACAUGUUUUUCUUAACAAAACAAUUUCUAUAUUAGCGAAAAACGGUUUGAUUUUUGUCCAAAUACCUAAAUAAUUAUCUGUCGAUCUUUGAGACAGUAAAGGUUUGGUGUUGUGUGAUAUUUUAAUAAGAAUUUUGUGCUUUAAACUAUUUCGCAAUGUCGAAAGUUAAGUUGAAUUUGAUCGCGGCUGCCUGCGAAAAUAUGGGUAUUGGAACUAAUGGUACCCUGCCUUGGCGUUUAAAAAAGGAGAUGGCAUACUUCACAACUAUGACAACUCAAGUCUCGGACCCCACCAAAGUGAAUGCUGUCAUCAUGGGCCGUCGUACCUGGGAUUGUAUCCCAGAUAAAUACAGACCGUUAGACAACAGAAUCAAUAUAGUUAUGACACAUAAUGUGGAUAGUGUGAAGGAAAAUGUACCGGAAGGUGUGAUUGUAGUCCCGGGGUUAGAUGAGGCCAUCAGCUACAUAGAGAAGAGGCCAGAUAUAGAGGCAACUUGGGUUAUUGGUGGAUCUUCAAUAUACAAGGCGGCCAUGACUCACGAAAACUGCGGCAAGAUCUACCUGACUGAGAUACAGAAAUCAUUUGAUUGUGACACCUUCUUCCCGAAUAUUGACAAACAGCAGUUCCAUCUUGUUGAUGAGGAGAAGAUACCUUCGGAGAAACAGGUGGAAGGAGAUAUUAGUUAUUAUUUCAGGGUUUAUAAGAGAUUGUAAGAGAGAGUAAGAGUUGAGGCCUGGCCAAGUUUUGUAAUGCGUUGUUUGGUAACAAGAUAAACAUUCCUAUUAGCUAAGUAGAUAAUGAUCCUCGAUGCUUGUCCUCAGUCUGGGUGUCUUUGUGCUUGUGGCUUGAAUGUUUGUGAAACCCCCGCGACACGUAGAUUGAAUUACCGAGUGCGGGAGGGUUCUUUUUUAUAAAAAAAAUAUUUUUUAUGAACAAAAACAUUCAACGGACUUCAAAUAAAAACUAAUCUGUCAAACUUUUUAUAAGAUUCAUGCAUAAUUUCACAUUAAAUGAAAAAAAAAUCAACAAAAUCAGUUCAUCCUGUCCAAGUAUCUAAAGACAAAACUUAAAAAAUAAAUAGGCAUAUUGAUGAACCUCCUCCUUUAAGGGUUUAAAGACAUUUAGAUAACUCAGUAUCGAUCUUAAUGCAGCCAUAAAAUAAGUGGAAUCUCCCUAAUUAAUGCUAUGUAAGGCCUAUGCAUUGUGUAUUUGUCAACUUACAUCCAUGUAGCCAUAGAAUCAUUUUAAUUAAGCUCUUGGCAGACGGAUCGCAUUUGCACUACCGUUAACUACAAUUGCACUUCGAAUGCAGUUCAAUUGCAGUCAGGUCUGCACGUUUGGUUUGCAGUUCUAUUGCAGUCGUGUCAACAAAAUUCAAACUGCAAUGAUUGCAGCUGAAAUGCUGUCUGUCGGCCUAGAGCCUUAUAUGGUAGGUAUACCCUAAUUAUUGUAAUGUUUAUAAUAUGAACAAAGUAGUUUAUAGUAUAUUUUGUAAGCAAAGCAAAUUGUUACAAGUUUAGUACAAAAGAAAAUUUGAUAAAAUGUUACCCUAAAAACGCAAGUUGUAAUGAUAAUCUAGCAUGUUCUGAAUAUUCCAAAGAUUUUUAAAUGAAAUGAUUUGUUUAUAAUGGAUAGAUGUAUAAUGCAAUUAAAAUGAAACCUUUCAAUGACAUAUUGCUGAAUAAACAAAAAAAAUAUAGAUGUGCUUGAGAGCAUGUUUAUAAUAAUUAUAAUCGUCGUUAAUUUAUGAAUAUCUUAUUCUAUUCGCAUGAGCUUACAAAUUGCCUUACAAUUUUAAAGAAUUAAUGUCUAUUUAAAAGUGCUUCCUAAUGUAUAAGCUUAAAAUUUUGGAUGUUUAUAUUAAAUGCGUCAUUGUUGUACAAGUUGCUUUAUUUAUUAAUCAACUGUGUAAGGAAUACCGUUUAGGGAUUCUAAAGGUCUGUCUAGCCAGUAAGGCUCUUUGUUAUUUGAAUUAAUAUGUGCGGCAAAAUCUAGGUCACUCCGUCUUCCAAAUAUGCCUAACUGUUAUUCAUUAUUCGGGCACCAAAUUUCUUACGGUUUUUCUACCGUAACCCAAAAAUGAACUUUUAAUACAAAGUAGUCUCAAUCCACUGGCACCCAUUGUAGGGUGACCUACAAAUAAAUUUAUUCUAUUCCAUUCUUUGCCCAACUCAAUUCGCUAAGGAAGGGGGCCUUGAUAGAUAUUAGCAAAUAAUCUGACUGACCGUAAUUACCGAAUUGGCUUGCCAACCACUGGCUCUAACUCGCUUUUUCAUCCAACUUAAUAAUAAAAUUUACUUACUUAAACUUUAAAGGGGCGGGGUCUGUACUACAAAUAAAAAAACAACUGAUUAUUAUUAACUUUAAUUGUUUAUCAAUUAAUACAAUAAGACUUACAAUUAAAACUACGUACGGCGUGUCUCACGAACAAAAUCUUAUGUGGGAGGGUGGAUAUGAAGAAUACUGAAAGAAAAUGAGACAAACGCCGUUGAAAGUAGGCUAGGGUAUAAUACAGAAAUUAUUUUAAUCCACGACCGUUCCGUUCGACA